UGCUUUUCUCUUCGCUCGUUGAUUUCUUGGGCCAGACCCAAAUCCAGCCGAGGUUUCCUCGGAGGCUUUUCCGUCUCCUCUUCUGCGUCUUUGUCUCAGCUCGGAGGCCAAGCGACGCGCGUAAUUAAUUGCCUCGAGGCCGAGUGGCCUUUAUGCGCGGGAGGAACUGGAGACCCCCGGAGGCAGGGACGACGCGCUUGGUCCGUCCUCCCCCUGGGUUCCAGAGAGAAAGUCACCAUCCGGCAACCUCCCCCCGAUUUGGAAAGGAAGAAAAGCCACCGCCGCCUCUUCUCCCUCCCUCUUUCUGGCGAGCAACAAAGCGAACAUUUGUCGACGGUGCCUGGACGGGGUUGCGAGAGGGAGCCUCUCUCCGGCGGCGUGGCCCUUCACAUCUUCAGAAGCGGCUUGAGAGCGGCGGCGGCGGCGGCACCACCAGCACUCCGUACGGGAUCCCCACCUCCCCACCCCCGGGAUGGCUGGAGGUGAUUCGGGAGCCGCGCAAAGACUGAGCUGCAGGCGCCUUCGGCAUCAAAAAGAGGGCGCUGGGCUGCUGCAGCGCUAAGUCCGCUUCCAGUCUGGAUCCGGGAGAAGAAGAGCGAAAGGACCGGGCGCCUCCCAGCCAAAAAGUCGCACAUGGCUCAGGCGGAGCGCGGUUCUGGCGGGGUGAGUUCGUCGCUGUUGCUGCCUCCCGGCAUGUGCGCGCUACGCUGCGUCCGGAGUCCUUGGCCGGGGCGCAGCGGCUGAAGGCACCUGCCGUGCCUUAGAGAGACGCUUAGAAUCAGACAGCAUACAAGCUUCAUAAAUGAUAAUGAUGAUGAUGGUGAUGAUGAUGAUGAUGAUGAUGAUGAUGAUGAUGAUGAUGAUGAUGAUGAUACAGCCCAGAUGUGUUGACACACUUCACAGAGAAUUGGAGCAAGCCCCUAGUAUCUGUAGCUGUGUUUCAAAAGCACUAAACUGCAUUAUGCCACUGUAUUAUGCCAUGUACGGAUACACACAAAGAUGUUCAAUGCAGAUACACAUACAGUCCCUGUGUAGAAUUUCCCACUCGAUGAGGGGAAGUUGGAGAUUAUAGACAAAUAUGAAUAAGGGCGUGGACGUAGCCGGCCCACGGGAUGGGAGUGUGACAGCCCUGACAUAGAGUUUCACCCAUUGAUGAAGCGUUGUCUGCAGGCCAAAUUAGCCCCAUCUCUACUGAUCAUGGUCAACAGGAGAUUAAACUAUUGGGAUUCUGAUUUUGAGGAUGAGAUCAUCAAUAUCAAUGUUGGGGGCUUGAGAAGGAGACUCAGUUCUAGUGCCCUCUCCAAAUUUCCUGACACUCGGCUUGGACGCUUGCUUUCCUGUGAUUCUGAAGAGUCCAUCCUACAGCUGUGUGAUGAUUAUGAUGUGAGUGCCAGGGAAUUCUACUUUGAUCGGAAUCCUGGCUUCUUCCUAUACGUGCUCCAUUUUUACCAGACUGGCAAACUACAUGUUAUGGAGGAACUAUGUGUCUUCUCCUUUUGCCAAGAGAUAGAAUACUGGGGCAUUAAUGAAUUCUUUCUGGAUUCCUGCUGCAGCUAUCGCUAUCAUGAAAGGAAACUGGAGAGACAUCAUCACAACUGGGAUGAGGAAAGUGAAGUUAGCAGUGUGGAUACAUCCCCAGAUGAGAUCUUAGAUUUCAAUCAUGACCUGCUUCGCUACAGUACACUCCGCUGUGGCAAUCUGCGCAAGCGCCUUUGGCUCACCAUGGAAAAUCCAGGAUACUCCAUCCCAAGCAAACUCUUCAGCUUUCUGUCUAUCAGUGUUGUGCUGGUUUCCAUAGCUACCAUGUGUAUUCACAGCAUGCCCGAGUACCAGCAGCUUGACGAGGAGGGCAAGUUGAAGGAUGACUCUGUGUUGCAAAACUUGGAGUAUUUCUGCAUCUCCUGGUUCACAUUUGAAGUUACUGCCCGCUUGCUUUUGGCUCCAAACUUGAGGAAAUUUUUCAAGCAUCCCCUCAAUCUGAUUGACAUUAUCUCAGUGUUGCCUUUCUAUUUCACCCUCUGGGUAGAUGUGACCACGAAGACAGAUUCAGAACUGGGAAAUUUGGGUAAGGUGGUGCAAGUGUUUCGUCUUAUGAGAAUAUUCCGAGUGCUGAAGCUGGCAAGGCAUUCAACAGGCCUGAGGUCUUUAGGAGCUACCUUGAAGCAUAGCUACAGAGAAGUGGGAAUUCUUCUCCUAUACUUGGCUGUUGGGGUGUCUGUUUUCUCUGGAAUAGCCUACACUGCAGAAAAGGAGGAAGAAGUUGGCUUUGACACUAUUCCCGCUUGCUGGUGGUGGGGGACAGUUAGCAUGACAACUGUAGGCUAUGGGGAUGUGGUACCAGUGACUGUCGCCGGCAAGCUAGCAGCUUCUGGUUGCAUCCUGGGUGGGAUUUUGGUUGUGGCACUGCCUAUCACUAUCAUCUUCAAUAAGUUCUCCCAUUUCUACCGCCGGCAAAAGGCCCUUGAAGCUGCUGUGCGGAACAGUGACAAGAAAGAACCGGAGGACUCUGAGAAUUACCCAAGCCAAGAAUCUGAUGCUUUCAGUGAAGUUUACCAGAGAGAUGAAGAUCUCACCAGGAACAUCCUUCCAGUCUACUGAAUGAUUGGGAAUUGAAGACUUACGUACUGUAUCUGGUGUCAGAAAAAAGGCAUGUUGGUAGCAAGAUGAUCAACAAAACCCUUAACUACACCAUUAUGGAUUUAUUCAUUAAAAGUGAUCUGUUCCAAAAGCAUGUAUGGAGUAACCUCUUACUGAGCCAUUGCAGAAUACGCACUGACCUUAUGCAUCUGGAUUUUCAGCAUUCUUCCAAGCCAGUAUACAUUAUAACUAAUUCAAAUCUCAGUUUGCCAAGAGACAUCUGGAGCAAAAUGGACAAAAUAGUUUUAAGAUUCCAUCUGUAUUCCAUUCCUUCAAUGCAACAAAAGAAAGAUUCAUCAACAUAAGCUUUUCUGUCUGAGUAUUGUACUGGCAAUAAUAGUCUUAGUAUCCCACAUCCCACACUGUAAUUUACAGGCAGACAUCCAAGUACCUGGUUUGGGCUGGAAACUCAAGUUUGGAAUCUAAUAAAUAUGCAAAUUAUACUUCUAAAAACACAGCUUUAUUUCAUCUGACAUUCAGUAGCUGCAGCUAAUCUUCACCACAUAUCCUGGGUCUACAUGCAACCAAAUAUUUCCAUACUGUAUGUUAACUUUUUCAUAUUCAGUAUUGUUUUCUCCCCCAGACAUUUCAAUGUUCUGAUUCAUAAUUUAUCUUCAAAGAUUGCCAAAGAAAUGAAAUACUGAUUGUAAAGUUAUAACAAAUAAUGUUUGUGGCUUCCACAGAACUGAGAUUGUGAAAGAACUUCUAACUUGCCUUAUAAAUGUCUGUCUGAUGGAAACCAUGGAAGCUACCAGCAUAACCUAGAAAGAUUUCAAAUUAAUCCAAAGCUGAUAAAAGAUAAAUAGGAGAGAUUGUAAUGGCUGAUGUGCUGAAGAAGGAUUGGAGCACAAGUCAUGAUCAUGUUACAUAAUUCUCUAUGGCUGAUUUUGCACUCCCAACUCUUAACAAAUCUAUGCAUGAUGUAUAGGAUGGUAUAAAUAUUUUCCUUCCCUUUCCUGCUCUCCCAUUUCCUUCUCCACACCUUGUUCUCAUUGCCAUCCAAUAAAAUUCUUUGAUGGUAAACUCAGGAUACACAUUAAAAGGAUGUACUUCUUC